AUGGACGAUGCCACGAAGGACAACAAGAUCUCGCCACCAUCUCAACCGGCGGGAUCAAUCCGAGAUGGCUCUGUUGAGGGACGUAGCACGAAGAGCCGCGACUACGACGACGACGUAGUUCAGGUCAUUGAUAAAGCCGCUGAACGACGGCUUUGCAGGAAGUUGGACUUUCGUAUAUUGCCCGUCCUGGCUGUGAUGUACCUGUUCAACGCGCUUGAUAAGGGAAACCUAGGCAAUGCCGAGACGGAGGGCCUGAGCACCGAUCUCAACUUCAAGGAUGGACAAUACAACCUCAUCGUCAGCAUCUUCUUCGUGCCUUUUGUGGCUGCGGCGCCCUUCGUGGCCCUCAUCGGCAAGAAGUUCGGACCAGCGAUCGUGCUCCCCAUCCUCAUGUUCGGCUUCGGUACCAUGACCAUGCUUAUGGCCGCAGCCCAGAACUUUGGUGGCGUCUUUGCUCUGCGGUGGUUCUUGGGCAUGGCGGAGUCGGCGUUUUUCCCGCUCGUCAUCUACUACCUGACCACCUUUUACCGCCGCGGUGAGCUGGCACGCCGCCUGGCCAUCUUCUACGCAGCGUCGAACAUUGCCAACGCGUUCUCGGGGCUGCUGGCGUUUGCGGUGUUCCACAUCACCAGAACCAGCCUACGCCCGUGGCGGUGGUUGUUUAUCAUAGAGGCUUCUGCAACUAUUCUCUUCGCUGUAUUUGCAUUCUGGUAUCUACCUAGGAGUGCAGCCGAGGCAAAGUUCCUCACGGCUGAAGAGAAAGAGCUGGCCCUCCAUCGUAUCCGAGUUGAUAGUUCCUCCGUGGUCGGAGAGAAGAUGAAGAUUCGAGAGGCAGCCAAGGUUUUCAAGCAUCCGACGACGUACGGCUUUCUGGCUAUUGAGAUAUGCCUGGGAGUCCCCCUCCAGAGCGUCGGCCUAUUCAUGCCUCAAAUCGUUCAGCGCCUGGGAUACAGCACUAUCAAGACAAACCUCUACACCGUAGCCCCAAAUGUCAGCGGCGCCGUAAUGCUUCUCAUCCUCGCCUUUCUUUCCGACUGGCGCCGGCUCCGGUUCCCAUUCAUCGCGCUCGGCUUCAUGCUGAGCUUCACCGGUUUCAUCAUUUACGCAGCCAUCGACGAUGUCGAGAAGCAGAUCAACCUUGCGUACUAUGCAUGCUUCAUGAUGACUUGGGGCACGUCCGCGCCGAGCGUGCUCUUGUCGACGUGGUAUAACAACAACGUCGUGAACGAAAACCAACGCGUGCUUCUGACAUCGAUCGGUGUCCCGCUGGCGAAUAUCAUGGGACUCGUCAGCAGCAACAUCUUCCGUAAACCAGAUGCACCAAAGUACGCACCCGCUCUUAUCACGACGGCUGCUUUUGGGGUAGUCGGCGCCCUGUGUGCACUCUGCUUAGGGUUCUAUAUGGUUUGGGAUAAUAAAAGAAGGAACCGUGCACAGGGCGUAAACCUUACUGCCAGCCAAGUGUCGACCUCUAAGUUGGGUGAUGGCCCGAAGAGUCCCGAUUUCCGUUGGUUUCUUUGA